AUGGCGUGGAGUCUCUAUGCGUUUUUGUUUUGGCUGCUGCUGCGGCAGCAGGUCCUGGAGAGGCAGAUGCUGACAGAGGUGAAGGAAGAGGCGCCGAAGGAAGAGGCGCCGCAGGAAGAGGUCGAGGAAGCCAGUGCACCCAGCAGUGCCCUGGCAGGUCUCCUGGGCUCCUUCCUCAAGGGUCUCCUGGUCAAGUACUGGAUCUUCAUCUGUGCAACCAUGUUUUUCGUCGUCAGCUUCGACGGCAAGGUGGCGGUGUACAAGAUCAUCUACAUCUUCCUCUUUCUGUCCUGGGUGGCCUUGUACCAGAUGCACUAUGACUCAUGGAGAAGGAUCCUGAAGUUCUUCUGGAUGGCCAUGGUCUCUUACUCAAUGGUGGUCCUCGUCGCUAUCUACACUUACCAGUUUCAAAUUGUUGCUGGAUUUUUCAACCAAACCCUGGGGCUCAGUGAAGAGGGGCUCCGAGACGUGGGCCUGGAACGGUUUGACACGGUGGAGCUGUUUGCUAAGAUCCUGCUGCCCGCGACCUUCCUGCUGGCCUGCAUCCUUCAGCUACACUACUUCAAUGAGGACUUCCUGAGGACCACCAGUCUCCUUAACAGCCCCGAGAGGUGGAAGGACUUGGCUGACAGCAACACGGUGGAAACCCAUGUGCGGCUGCUGUCAGACAUGCUUAAGGUCACGCUUCGUAAACUUCGGAAGAGCGCAGGACCCAGCGGGGAAAAGGCAGGUGAGGACUCUGUGGACAGAGCAGACAGGCCCGCGCAGGGAGACGAGACGCCGGUGGUGGAGGACGAGGCGCCGGAGGGAAGCGUGCCAGCAGACGAGAAAAUUCGUGAUUGGGAUUUGGUGAUAGACAAGCUGACCGCUGGUUUUCUGAAGCUUCUAGAAAUAGUUAAUGGAACUCAAGUACUUCUAUGGCGCAUUCUGGAAAUACAUGUCGUCAAGCUGGUGUCCCCCGUGAUCAUCUGGUUCACGCUGCAGGAGGUUUCCCUGAUGAACUCCCUGUUCUAUGUCUGCUGGGUGGCAGCCCUGCCCUACUCCACGCUGCGCCCCUACGCGUCCCACUUCUGCACCGUGUGGGCGUGCGUGAUGGUGAUCUGUAAGAUGAUGUACCAGCUGAAAUCCGUCGUGCCCGCCUCCUACUCGUCCAACUGCACCGAGGUGUGGCCAGGAAACAGCGGGCCCUCAGGGGCCCGGCUUGCUGAGGGGCUGAGCCCCUCCCCGCAGCUGGUGGACCCAGCUGAGUGGCUCGGAGGACUGAGGAAGUGCGACGGUGCAGUGCUGCCCUGCCUGAAGGCCGAGCUCAUCAUCUUGGCCCUCAUGACGCUGGAGGUGACCGUGAGCCGGCAUCAGAGGUUGCACCGGCUCCGGAAGCAGCUGCUGGAGCCCUUCACCAGCACCCUCAUGGACUCAGUCACGCGGGCACAGCUUGACGAGGGGCUCCUGAGCGCCCUGAAGUACUUCAUCAACUAUGGAUUUUAUAAGUUUGGGCUCGAGCUGUGUUUGCUGGCCGCCCUCAACGCCAUAGGACAGCGCAUGGACUUCUACUCCCUCGUCCAUGUCAUCUGGCUGAUUUAUUUGCUGAAUCUUCGACGGAGAAAAGCCAUUGCUGAGAUAUGGCCCCGCUACUGUGGUUUUCUCGUCACCCUCGCCAUCUUUCAGUAUUUUCUGUGCCUCGGGAUGCCGCCUGCUUUCUGCACAGAUGACUUCCUGCUUCUCCUCGCCGCCUCCCUGCAGUGGCAGGUGUUUGAGGAUGAGAACAAGCUGUGGAUGAGAGUGAGGGCCGGGGACAACAUGGAGAUCAGCCGGGAGCUAAGGCCGGAAGACCUGACCCAGCUCUGCCCUGUGCCCAACUUCGUCUUCUGCCGGUCCUACCUGGACAUGGUGAAAGUCGCAAUCUUCCGCUACCACUUCUGGCUGGUGCUUGGCCUGCUGUUUCUUGCGGGAACGACACGGAUCAACAUCUUGGGUGCCGGGUACCUGGUGGCCUUUGGUUAUUUCAUGAUGCAAGGAAGUCACCUCCUCCUGAAGCCCGUGAAGUUCAUUCUCCGGCCGUGGGAUCGCCUGAUCGCCUACUCGGUGCUGGUGGUAGCUGCGAAGACUUUCCUGUCGGUUGGCGCGUGUGUCUACCUGGAGACCUUGCUUGUCUCCCACUGCUGGCUGGUCCACAGUUUCGGCAUGUACUGCACGGUGCGAGGAUACCACUUAGCCCUCCCUGAGGACGAGGCCUGUGAAGUCCCAGAGAAGGAAGCAGGGAUUCUUUGGGACACUGUGUGUUUCGCCUUUCUGCUCGUGCAGCGACGCAUCUUCCUGAGCUAUUACCACCUUUACGUGGUUGCCGAUCAGGUGGCCGCCAAAGCAGUAGCGCACAGGGGCGCUGAGAUACUGGAGCAGUCGCAAAGCAAGGCGCUGGCGCUCUCUGCGGAGGAAGAGAUCAAGUCCCGGCUGGUCCUCAGGAAACAGAUGGAUAAAAUCAAAGAGAAGCAAAAGAAAAUCGAGGCCCGGCAGCAAGCCUGCAGGAGUCCGGAGGCCCCCGCGAGCGGUGUGGAGGCCACGGGGCGCGUGUGCGAGGGAGAUGACCUCCAUAAGAUGGACGAUGAAGAGGCGAAAAAGUGGUGGCAGCCCUGGGUGAAGCAUCCUUCCAUGGUCCAGGAGGGCAGCUACAGCCUCUUUGAGACGGACAGCGAGGAGGAAGAGGCGGAAGGAAGCCAGGGAGAAAUGAAAGAUCUUCGGCCAAAGCCCAAGACAGCUUUCCAGCUCGCACACGACGCGUGGACCAACAGCUCCCAGUCUGCUCUCAGGAUGAGGCGGCGGGACGAAGGAGAGAUGGAGAGGGACGAGCAGGACCAGGACCAGCGGCGCCGCGGUGGAGGCAGCGUCGACGGCAGAACGGGAGGUGAGAGCCUGGCAGCUUGUGAGCCUGAUGUUGAGGCAGGAGCAGAGGAUUCAGAUGAACCUGCAGAAAGCAAAACCCGGAGGCUCCUCGCCAUGGCGCAGUUCUCCUGGGUGCUGGGGAAGGUGCUGAUGGAUGAUAUCAUCGAGGCCCUGGGCAACAUGUGCAGGGACAGCACCAUGGUGGCCAUGGCCUUGAGGGAGGAGCGCUUUGUGUGGUGGCGAACUAUUAGCAAGGGGAAACCGGCCAGCGUGGGCAGCCACGCCCUGCUGCAGGAGGCCCCCCAGGCAGCCCCGGCCAGGAGGGAAGAGGGGCUGGCCGAGGGGCCAAGUAGCAAAAAGCCACCUGGGUCCCAGGAGCCCCACCAGGAAGACACCCCACUGCUGCAGGAAAUGGAGAGCAAAACGGCUGCGGAAGACCAAGGCGGAAGCCCCCGCGGUCUCGGCCCAGAGGCGCCCCUGAUGCUGGCAGCAGGCUGCCCUCCACUCCCGGGAGCCUCCCUGCCCCAGGAGGACCGCAGGAAGCACCGGGACCCUGAGCUGGAGCAAUCAGACAGGUUUUACCGGAAACUGCCGCGCCCGGUCAGGCUGGUCUUUGCUUUGUACCAGGUGGCCGAGUCCAGGUCGCUGCUGCUGUGCUACUGCGCCAUCAUUCUGAAUCACACGCUCUCGGCGUCGAUUCUCACCAUGGUUCUCCCCAUGCUGUCCUUCCUGUGGGCCAUGCUUUCCAUCCCCAGGCCCUCCAGACGGUUCUGGAUGGCAGCCACCUACUACACAAAGGCCACCAUCGUGGUGAAGUAUUUUUCGCAGUUUGGAUUCCUGCCCUGGACCACAAAGCGGUACGCCGGCAUCAGCAGGGAGAAGCCGUUCUCCCUGCCCAACAUCAUGGGGAUCGAGAAGAAGGACAGCUACGUCCUGUGUGACCUCCUGCAGCUGCUGCUCCUGUUCUUCCACCGCUCCACCAUGAAGGGCAUAGGGCUAUGGGACCAUCAGCCAUCUAAGCAGCAGCCCAAAAGCAAGGGGAAGAAAAAGAGCAGGAGGAAGGGGAGAAAAGCCAGUCGAGGGGCUCCAGGCAGCAGCUUCCCCCAGAGAGCGGCCAAGCUGGACCUCUCCUCCCAGGAGCGCGCAGGCCACCGAUGGGCCUUCUGGAAGGGCUGGCGAGGAGCAGGAAGUAGAGGGGGUCCCAAAGACCCAGGACCCAAGAAGGGACACAGCUUCCGCAGGAAGUUGCGAGUCAUACGGAAGAAAUUCACCAGAAAGAUGCUGAAGAAGCUGCUGGAGAAAGCCAGGAAGCUGGCCAUCAGCAGGGCCCUCCAGAUCUACCGCCCCAUCCGCCAGUUCUUCUACCACCUCACUCACCCCCAGGUCACCUCCACGUGUGACGUGUACGCCAUCACGUUUCUGGUGGAGGCGCUCAACUUUGCCAUCAUCCUCUGUGGGUACGGGUCCUUUGGGAAAUCCUCAGGUGCGGACUUGGCUGAGUCCCUCUCAGAGGACAAGGUGCCCGAAGCCUUCCUGUCGAUGGUGCUGCUCCAGUUCGGCACCAUGAUCGUGGACCGGGCGCUCUACCUGCGCAAGACGCUGUUCGGGAAGUGCGUGUUCCAGGUGGCGCUGGUCGUGGGCAUCCACUUCUGGCUCUUCUUCAUCCUGCCGGGCAUCACCGAGAGGAGAUUUAAUUUCAACCUUGUGGCUCAGAUCUGGUACCUGGUGAAAUGCAUCUAUUUUGGCCUGUCCGCCUACCAGAUCAAGUGCGGCUACCCAGGCCAGAUCCUUGGCAACUUCCUGGCCAAAAACUUCAACCUCAUCAGCCUCCUCUUGUUCACAGGGUUCCGCUUCAUCCCCUUCCUCCUGGAGCUGAGGGCUGUCAUAGGCUGGGUGUGGACUGACACUGCCCUGAGCCUGUCCAACUGGAUAUGCCUGGAGGACAUAUAUGCCAACGUCUUCAUCAUGAAAUGCUGGCAGGAGUCUGCGAAGAAAUACCCACAGCCUCCUGGGCGGAAGAAGAAGAAGGUUGUGAAAUACGGAGUCGGGGGCGUCAUCACAUUUGCCCUGGUCUUCCUCAUGUGGUUCCCUCUGGUUUUCAUGUCCCUGCUGAAGACAGUAGGCGGAGUGACCAACCAGCCCCUGGACGUGUCUAUCAAGAUCGCCAUCAACGGUUACGAGGUGGCUGGACAUCGCCAGCUUCCUGAGCAUGCCCUGCCUUACUUCCAGACCCUGUUCACUAUGAGUUCCCAGGACCAGAACCUGGCCCCCUUCUCCGACGCGGACUACGACCAGCUGACCCAGCAAUACGCCCUCCACCCUUCCGCCAUGCAGUUCCUAGCAGACUACAGGCCCGAGGACAUCGUUCUCAUCAAGAUCAAAAGUCACGCCAGUCUGCUUUGGGGAAUCAGCCCCGCCAACAGGGAAGCCAUGGUCAAGGAGCUGACCAACGCCACCACUAUCCACAUCACCACCUCCUGGACCAUUCAGAGCUCGGCGCUCGGCCGCCAUGAGGCGCGGCGCCCGGGUCGUCACAGCCGCGGCCCCGCGCCCGAGGGACGUCACCAGCCGCCGUCGCGCGUCGCACGUCGGGCCCGAGGCCUUCCCGGCAGCCUCUGCGAGGACCGGAAGAGGCGGGGCCGAGGCCCCAGAGGCCGCCCCUUCCGGCGCGGCGCCCACGUGCGGCGCUGCCCGGCCGGCGAGGUCCGGGUGGGGUUGGGGCCGGGGCCGAGGCCAGGGGCGGGUGCGCCCUGGCGAAGCGCUUCUGCCUCCCCCGACGGCAGGAACGUGUCCCUGGUCGAGAACGUGGAAGCCUCGGGCGACCGCACAGUGCAUUACACAGACAAGGAGACGCGCGACCAUCUGGUGCAGAUGCUGACCCACGCCCGGACGGAGCCUGUAAUGCUCCGUGGACUGAUCCCCAAAGUACUCAGGACUACAGCAGGGACAGAAGCAAAGAUUGCCCGCCAGCUGAAUGUCGCCCACUCCCAGAGGCCCAAGGACGUGGACCAGCUGGCCUUCUUCCGCAACAUCACGGUGCGGCUACAAGGGCUCAAGGCUGCGGAGGCCGAGUGGUGGGUGGUCCAGGAAUGGAGGCCAAACUGUAACCAGGGUCAGGGCUGUAGCCAGGACCUGGAGCUGCUCGUCUGCAGUGACAAAGUCAGCCCCCAGAGCCUGGGCUUCCUGGCAGGAUAUGGCAUCGUCGGGCUGUAUGUGUCGGUGGUGAUGGUGGCGGCCAAGAUGAUCCGGGAGCAGUUCCUGGGCAUCUCCCGCUCCAUCAUGUACGAAGAGCUGCCCAACGUGGACCGUGUGUACCGGCUCUGCACCGACAUCUUCCUGGUGCGUGAGCUGGGCGAGCUGGAGCUGGAGCAGCAGCUCUUCGCCAAGCUCAUCUUCCUCUACCGCUCACCGGAGACCAUGAUCAAGUGGACCCGGGAGUGCCUACCUGCCCCUCCUCGCCCACCGCCCCCUGACCCUGUUGCUGGGGCUCCGGUGGGGCAGGGGCAAGCAGCUGGCACAUCCGCGGGUCCUGAGGAAAACCAGGCCUUUGGCUCACCCCCGGUUCCCCCGAUGCCGGGCACGCAGGCCAGCCCUGAGCCUGCAGCUGGUCCCCAGCUGGGGCCCAGGCCCUGAGGCUGCCUUUGUGCCCACACAAGGGAGACUCAGUUCAUCCCCUGCUCCUUGACCCUGCAUCCUGCGGCCCCCUGGCGGAGGGGGGUGCGGACAGUGCCAGCUGUGCAGAGAAGGAGCCAGAGCACCUCUGUGACCUCUGCCCUCCUCCAGGGCAUGUAGCAGGGAAGCUGGUGAGAGCUGCCUAUUGCAAGGCCAUUAAGCAAGCUAAUGACCCAUGAAGGCUCCUGGGCCCUCCGGACGGCCCCCCUCGGCUCACGGAGCCCGCUGUCUCCUGUGCAUUUGGCCGUUAACCACUGAGCGUCUCGUGACCACUAUUAUUGCUAUUUAACGUGUCCGGCCAUGGUUUCCCCAGAAGCGGCCAGAGCCUCGGAGCCGCUUCUUGCUUUUCCGGCUCAGCCAGGGCUGCGCACACAGCAGGCAGUUAAUAAAUAUUUGCUUGAGACCAAG